CCGGAAAACGCAUACACCGUAGCAGCAGCAGCCUCUCCCCAAAGACAUACAUCCAGCAGCUGGCCUCCAUUCGAAUAAUCCACAACCCACAACCCACAACCUAAUCGACCGCCACAUCCACAUCCACCAUGCGUCUCCGACCAACCCACCUCCUCCUCCUCGCCUUCCUGGGCAUGACCGGCGUGCUGGCACAAGACUCGCCAUCGCCUACACCGACCGCAUCCAGCAUACGCAGCUCUGCCAUCUCCGCGCGCUCCUCCUCCUCCACCCCCAGCGCCAGCGCCUCCGCCUCGCGGGUGAGCAGCACGCCCUCCACCGUAUCCGCCUCCGCCUCCGCCUCCGAAACUCGCGAGUCCAGCGAGUACUACCCCUCCGAGCCGGGCCUAUCCUACGACGACCUUGUAGGCUCCGACGGUACGGUAGGGGGCAACAACCAAGUCUCCGAUUCCGACGGCGGGGGAGCGGGAAACUCGGACGCAUUUAUGGGGGUGGGGGUAGGCGCACAGAUCGGGAUCAUCGCUGCGGUUGUCGUCGUCGCGCUCGCGCUGUUCAUCGGUAUCAUUGUCUACUACUUCCAUCGCAAGAAGCAGUGGGAGCGCGAGGUGAAGCGGCGCAGCGCGCUGCCAAUGAAUGCAAAGAUCAUUGUCAACCGCCGUGGAGAGGUUAAGCUCGCGGAUCGGAGUUCGAGUGCUAGUAAGGUCGGACUUGAGGAGCUGGAGAAGGGAGGACAUAAGGUUACCGCUAUUGAGGGCGAGGUUAAGCCGGGCGUUUGGAAGAUGCUGCUGGGGAAGUUCUAGAUGCGAUGGAGGGUGGGGACGGGGGACGGGAUAUGGGAUAGCGCGGUUCGUUGUAGAUACUUUAUUUCCUUUUAUUUCUAUUUCUUCUUUCUCUUCUUCUUCCUCUUUCUCCCUUUUUUUCUUCUUCU